AGCAGGAUUACAGCGAAGCAAAGGAUGCGUUUUGGAAGUCCUUUCCUCUGACCGGAGAGAAAAUGGUGCCCCUCGGCACCUGUUUCCAAGCAAUGACCUCCAAGGCUAAGAAGCGGGUGGUGCUCCCCACGCGCCCCGAGCCCCCCAACACGGAACAUAUUCUCGAGGAUGUCCAGCGCGCCCAACCCAACGACCCCGUCUUUGUCCUCCUGGCAGAGCCCAGCGAAGAUUUGCCCACCCCAGCCAAGAACGAAGACCCGGAGGCCAAGCGAGAACGCCUGUACCGGCUGACCCAGUCCUACGUAGAGAUGAACCACCGCCUCCAGAAGGCCUGCAGCCUGCUCAAGGAGAAGUGUGAGGAGCUGAAACUAGCCGGUGCAUCUCUGGAACAGGGCAUCCUCGAGAUGAAGCAGAGGGCCUUGUGAGGACGCCUCGGGGAGAUGCCCGCAGCCAGCCAGGAAAGACACUCAUAGAGGAGUCGGCAAGCAUUCCGCCCCACCUCCCUCACCCACCCCCUUUCAGGUUCGUGCCAUGCUUGCGUCGAAACAGACUCGCCACCGCCGCGACGUGAUUUCAGCAUGCGUAGCUACACCGUUUGAGCGCCGCCUGUGUUUUCGUGUUUGCGACCGUGCGCCCAAGCCCGCUGCCCGCUACAAGCCUCUCAAAGGCCGACGCCUCCUCGCCGCGCUCACCUCGAAAUGCCUGACAGUGUGGCUCGGCUCGCCCGCCAUUUUUUCCCCCCCUGAUUCGUGAGGUUCGCCCCCCCGGUUCUGCGCAGAUCCGACAUACCUUUUGCUUUUGCCAUACAGACAUUUAAGAC